GGUCGAGCCGAGCCGAGAAGCUCCCGCUCGACGGGCGUCGGGGUGGGGGAUCCGGGACCUGGGUUCCGUCCUGCCGCCCCUCGGGGAGCUCCGAUGAGACUCGCGAGCCGCCGCCGGUGCCGCCCGUGCUGCCGGGGCGGCGGGAGGCGGCCGGCGGGGCCGGGCGGCGGGCCGAGGAUGUGAGUGCCCGCGGGGAGCGGCCGCGCUGAGUGUGGACGACGAGUUCCACCAAGUGAGAAGAGUGAUGACCAUCCUUUUCCUUACUAUGGUUAUCUCAUACUUCAGUUGCAUGAAAGCUGCCCCGAUGAAAGAAGCUAGUGUAAGAGGACAAGGCAGCUUGGCUUACCCAGGUCUUCGGACCCACGGGACUCUUGAGAGCCUAAACGGGCCCAAUGCAGGUUCAAGAGGACUGACAUCGCUGGCAGACACCUUUGAACAUGUGAUAGAGGAGCUGCUAGAUGAAGAUCAGGACAUCCAGCCCAGCGAGGAAAACAAGGAUGCAGACUUGUACACAUCCCGAGUCAUGCUGAGCAGUCAAGUGCCUUUGGAACCCCCGCUGCUCUUCCUGCUCGAGGAGUACAAAAACUACUUGGAUGCUGCAAACAUGUCCAUGAGAGUCCGGCGUCACUCUGACCCAGCUCGGCGUGGGGAACUGAGCGUGUGUGACAGUACGAGCGAGUGGGUGACGGCGGCAGAGAAAAAGACUGCAGUGGACAUGUCUGGUGCGACUGUCACAGUCCUUGAAAAAGUCCCAGUACCCAAAGGCCAACUGAAGCAAUACUUCUAUGAGACCAAAUGCAACCCCAAGGGGUACACAAAGGAGGGCUGCAGGGGCAUAGACAAGAGGCACUGGAACUCCCAGUGCCGAACUACCCAGUCUUACGUGAGAGCUCUCACCAUGGAUAACAAGAAGAGAGUUGGCUGGCGGUUUAUAAGAAUAGACACUUCCUGUGUAUGUACAUUAACCAUUAAAAGGGGAAGAUAGUGGAUUUGUGUUGUAUAGAUUAUAUUGAGACAAAAUUAUCUAUUUGUAUAUAUACAUAACAGGGUAAAUUAUUCAGUAAAAAAAAUAAUUUUAUGGACUGCAUGUAUAACUGAAGUUUAUACAGUACAGUGGUUCCACAAACUAUUUAUUGAACAUAUCCAUGACCUGAAAGGGAACAAAAGUCAUUUGCGCACAACGUAAAAAACAACAAAAAAAAGCAAACUAAAAAGUCUGCAUUACAUUCCUCGAUAACAUUGUGGUUUGUCGCCGUUGCCAAGAAUUGAAAGUAUAAAAAGUUUUAAAAAAAAAAAAAGAAUAAAAUUGCAUGCUGCUUCAAUUGUGAAUUGAUGAUACUGUCCUCUUUCAGAAAAAUAAAUUGAACCAAAACAUUCCGUUUACAUUUUAGACAGUAAGUAUCUUUAUUCUUGUUAGUAUUAUAUCUGUUUACUGCUUUUAACUUCUGAUAGCGUUGGAAUUAAAACAAUGUCAAGGUGC